UUUUUUUUUUGACUCUCCAUUCCACUUUAUAUUUUUACACUACGUAGGUAUAUUAGACGAGACUUGAAGGGGUUCAUCAUAUUGCAGGCAGUCCUUUUGCUGUCACUACCUUCCAGUUAUAAAUGGGCCCCUAAUAUUACCACCUGAAGAUGCAGCGAACUCCACAAAAUAUGGUGGAGUCCCUGAACGAAGAGUGGGCAGAACUGAUCGUCGAUUACAGAGAUCUCCUGAGCGAUGCCAAAACUCACAUGCAACAUCUCGAGGAUGUGGCUGAAGAAGAGAAGCAAUACAUGGAACGUAUGUCCCACCACAGAUUCCGCCUGACCGCCAUGUCCAAAUACUUGGAUGAAGUGUUGAAAAUAGUGGAUGAAACCGACGAACUCAGGACCAUACGUGCAAACAUAGAAAAAAGGCGACAACAACUGGUCGACAUCGAGCUGACGUUGCCGAAGAGUAAUUGCCUUUACCUAAGAACCAUGAUUGGAAACGUGAGCGUCUUCUGCUUAAGCAAGGAAAGACAAUUCAGAUUCAAACAGGAAUACGAACAAUUCAAACUCAUCGCAAACAUCGUGGGUUUUGUGAUGUCGAUAGGAAACUACUUCGUCGUCUGCAGACCGUUGGAAUCUGCCUUCAUCAUCCUCUUAUUGUGGUAUUACUGUUCGUUAACCAUUCGCGAAAGCAUCCUAAAGCUGAACGGAUCAAAGAUUAAGUUGUGGUGGCGACUCCACCACUUUUUCGCCAUCGCUGCUUGUGGCGUCCUGCUCAUGUGGCCCCAGUCCAAGACUUGGAACCUAUUUAGAAAUCAUUUCAUGCUCUUCGGCAUCUAUAUGAGCCUGACUCAGUACAUGACCUACCAGGCCCAAAGGGGAGGACUUUACAGGCGCCGGAUUUUAGGUAAAUGCAAUCACCUGGCGGUCACCGUGAACGGUUUCCGGGCUUGGAUGUGGCAAGGACUGACUUUCCUGUUGCCGUUCCUGUUUCUCGGCUACUUGUUUCAGCUAUACAUCACUUAUGAUUUGUACAAGAUCUUCAAGAGUCGUAAACAAAUCUGCACGUGGCAUGUGCCGGUCUUGAGUAUUAUAUUUCUGAUCGUGACUUUGGGUAAUACUUUUACCACCAGCAAAGUUCUACUGUAUAGAUUGUACAAGGAGCUUCUCAUUGAAGAAAUAGUUAUAGAAAUUGAUCGUCCAAAGAGAGAUUAAAGGAGUAUUGCUGAUUUUUAUAUAUACCAAACAGUUACUCUAUAAUAUAUAGUUUUGUAUUUAUUAUAAAUAUAUUUUACCAGUAGACACAGAAGUGGAUAGUGGACUACAAUACUACAAUUU